CUUCCAAAAUGAUUAAAUGAAUCACAAAGUUUCUCCAUAUUCGAUCAUUCCCGGCAUUGUUCAGUGAGUUUUGCAGAAGGUCAUCAUGAGAUCAGGACAAAGGUUUAAAUCGGCUUACAGAUAUCAGACACUGAAAUAUUAUGAUACCCUAUAUGAUAUAUAUCGAUAAAUAUAUUGGAGAAACAAGAUAUAGCGUUUCAUAAAGGAGAUAUCUAUAGAUAUUUAGAACAUUGAUUAUGGCUACAAAUUCAACCCAAAACUUAGCUUAAGGCUUUAAGCCUAGGGAAUGUAACCGGGUCGGGUCGGGUUUGUCCGAGCUCGGACGUUUGGCUUAUGGAUCGAACCUAGCCAACGACAUGCCGUUUCUUUCCACAAAAAUCACAAGCAAUAAACCUCGAAUGCUGAGCGGCCAAAACCCCCAAAACCCAAACACAGUAGAAGAGACUCACUACUAGCUCCCUCCCUGCAAUGGCCUACUCUAAAGUCGUCUCUAGGUUAUCCUCCCGAUUACACCCCUCCUCCUUCACUCACAAGCUCACCAAAACGACGUCGUCCGAACUCUCUUCCCUCAAAUCGAGCCUUCACUUUCCGGCACCCGCUCCCGUCCGACGCAUUUCCAGGUUACCAUUGGAACUGAGCAGCGUGGAGUCGAUGAUGCCAUUGCACAGUGCAAUUGCUUCGGCGCGGUUAACAUCGAGCUUGUCAAUUGAGUCCCAGAGCUGGGGAUUAGUUCCUCAAGGAAUUUCAAUGCCUUUAUGACAGCUCUCUCUCUCUCUCUAUCAAGUUCUCGCAGAGAUUUUGUUUGACGGCAAUGUAGGGCACUCGUUGACAUUUUUAUUUAUGGAUUUUAGUAGCAUAAUGUGUUAAACAGUUUAUUGGGCAUCAGUGCUUGUUGAUUUUCAUCCUUUUGUCUGAAUACCUUUGUAAAGGAGGCUAAAUCUGUUCCUGCUCAACCAAGCUGGGGGACUAUUAAGUUGUUAUUUAAGGGAGGUGCCCAAUAAUGUGUUUCUAGUUUACUUAAUAUCUACUAUCUACCGGCUAUGAGUUGCAUGUCAAAUUACAAAGUUAUACACGACGCUGUGACAUUGUAAGGUGAUUCAAGUUCCAAUUUUAAGGCUGCUGGACAGUCGCUUGUUUUCAGAA